AUGACCACCAACACCACCAACACCACCAACACCAGCCCUAUGACCACCAACACCACCAACACCACCAACACCACCAACACCAGCCCUAUGACCAGCAACACCACCAACACCAGCAACAACCACAACACCACCACAACCCAGCCAUAUGACCACAACACCACCAAAACCAGCCCGUGACCACCAAACCCACCAACCACCACCAACACCACCAACCCAGCCCCUAUGACCACCAAACACCACCUAUGACACAACACCACCAAACACCAGCCCAGACCACCAAACCACCACAAACACAAAGCCCUAUGAACAACACCAAAACACCAAAACAAGCCAAUGACCACCAACACCACCAACACGAAGAACCUAUGAACACCAACACCACCAACACACAGCCCAUAUGACCCCAACACCGCCAACACCAGCCCUAUGACCCCCAACACCACCAACAGAAGCCCUAUGAACACCAACACCAGCCCUAUGACCACCAACACCACAACACCCACUAUACCCCACACCACAAACCACCAACACCAACAGAAGCCCUAUGAACACCAACACCACUAACACCACCAACACCACCAACACCAGCCCUAUGACCACCAACACGAUUGUGCAAAGCUGUCAUCAAUGCAAAGGGUGGCUUUUUGAAGAAUCUCAAAUAUAAAACAUAUUUUGAUUGGUUUAACAAUUUUUGGUUACUACGUGAUUCCAUAUGUGUUAUUUCAUAGUUUUGAUGUCUUCACUAUUAUUCUACAAUGUAGAAAAUAGUAAAAAUAUAGAAAAACCUGGAAUGAGUAGGUGUUCUAAAACUUUUGACUGGUAGUGUAUAUAAGGUACCACAGUUAACAGUGUAUGUCAGAGCAAAAACCAAGCAAUGAGGUCGAAGGAAUUGUCCAUAGAGCUCUGAGACACCCUUUGUGUCGAGGCACAGAUCUGGGGAAGGGUACCAAAACAAUGUCUGCAGCAUUGAAGGUCCCCAAGAACACAGUGGCCUCCAUCAUUCUAAAAUGGAAGAAGUUUGGAACCACCUAGACUCUUCCUAGAGCUGGCCGCCCGGCCAAACUGAUCAAUCGGGGGAGAAGGCCCGAUGGUCACUCUGACAGAGCUCCAGAGUUCCUCUGUGGAGAUGGGAGAACCUUCCAGAAGGGCAACCAUCUCUGCAGCACUCCCCCAAUCAGGCCUUUAUGGUAGAGUGGCCAGACAGAAGCCACUCCUCAGUAAAAGGCACAUGACAGCCCGCUUGGGGUUUGCCAAAAGGCACCUAAAGGAUUCUCAGACCAUGAGAAACAAGAUUCUCUGGUCUGAUGAACCCAAGAUAGAACUCUUUGGCCUGAAUGCCAAGCGUCACGGCUGGAGGAAACCUGGCACCAUCCCUACGGUGAAGCAUGGUGGUGGCAGCAUCAUGCUGUGGGGAUGUUUUUCAGCGGCAGGCACUGAGAGGCUAGCCAGGAUCGAGGGAAAGAUGAGCAAAGCAAAGUACAGAGAGAUCCUUGAUGAAAAUCUGCUCUAGAGCGCUCAGGACCUCAGACUGGGGCAAAGGUUCACCUUCCAACAGGACAACAACCCUAAGUACACAGCCAAGACAAUGCAGGAGUGGCUUUGGGACAAGUCUCUGAAUGUCCUUGAGUGGCCCAGCCAGAGCCCGGACUGGAAUAGCUGUGCAGCAACGCUCCCCAUCCAACCUGACAGAGCUUAAGAGGAUCUGCAGAGAAGAAUGGGAGAAACUCCCCAAAUACAGGUGUGCCAAGCUUGUAGCGUCAUACCCAAGAAGACUCGAGGCUGUAAUCGCUGCCAAAGGUGUUUCAACAAAGUACUGAGUAAAGGGUCUGAAUACUUAUGUAAAUGUGAUAUUUCCUUUUUUUUUUUUUUUUUUUGCAAAAACGACUAAAAACCUGUUUUGGCUUUGUCAUUAUGUGGUAUUGUAUGUUGAUUGAUGAGGGGAAAAAAAACAAUUUAAUUCGUUUUAGUAUAAUGCUGUAAAGUAAUAAAAUGUGGAAAAAGUCAAGGGAUCUGAAUACUUUCCGAAUGCACUGUAUGUAACCACUCUGUCACGGUUUCGGCCGAGGCUGCUCCUUCUCCUUGUUCGGGCAGGCUUCGGCGGUCGUCGUCUCCGGAGUACUAGCUGCCACCGUUCUAUGUUUCGAUGUUUGAUUGGUUUUGUCUGUUUUGUUACACCUGUUCCUUGUUAGUGUUAAUUAUGCGUCCUAUAAGUUCUCUUGAGUUUUGUCAUGUGUUGUGUGUAAUUGUUCGUUGUCACUGUGGGAUAAUAGUUCAUUUUUGUCUCUCUGUUCGGUGUAGUAGAGAGCUCCGCACUUUUGUGCCUUUGUAUGUACUUUACCGGUGUGCUUGCCUGCCAGGUUGUAUGUAGCCGUGUUUGGCUUGUUCCUUUUUUGUCUUCACUAAAGACGUCAGUACCAAGCCUCUGUGUGUCCUGCGCUUGAUUCCACACCACUUCUACACUCAACUGUGACACACUCCCUAUGUUAGUUCAGCCAGAGGGGAAUCUUAUCAAGAACAGCUUCACAGCAAAACUGAGCUGCACUGAAAAAGAAAGUGGUCCUAAAACUGAUAACACAGAGACAGGGGAAAUUGAGAGAAAAAACAUAAUGUUUUUUAAAAACUAAGUAAGGACAGUGUCCAAGCUGUUUUAGGUUUGUGACAUUAUUACUGCUCAUCCAGGUGUGACGGAAAAGGGAAGUGUGAGGUGGCGACCUCCGGCAGUGUGUGUGACCUCUGUAACUCCGCACACCUGACUCAUAUGUACCUGGACGUUACCUAUGGCUGCCUUGAGACCAGUGAGUAGCCUACACACACACACACAGAAAUAUGCUGAGUCUUUUUCUCUAUUUGACGUAUGUGUGAUGUGUUUGUAUCAAUCAGAUUUUUGUCCUCUACAGAGAAAGUGACUACCUGUGAGGGUGGCGGUGUGGUGCAUUUGGAAUGUGGUAAGAAACAACACUCUCUGUGUCAAUCAGUUACUUAGUUGAGUUAUCUCUUGAGUCUCUCAUCCUCCUCCUCCUCCUCCUCCUCCUCCUCCUCCUCCUCCUCCUCCUUCUCCUCCUCCUCCUCCUCCUCCUCCUCCUCCUCUCCUCCUCCUCUCCCCCUCUCUCGCUCUCUCUCAUAGGAGAUGGGGUGAUCUUUCUUCAGGAAGCACUGUAUGGACGCACAGACAGCCAGACCUGCAGUCAGGGACGACCUCAGAGUCAGCUGACUAACACAAAGUGUUCCCAGGAAGGAACUCUGGCACUGUGGUCACAGAGGUACACACACACUAUAGUGCGCAGAUCCAAGUCAAAUCGCUCCAGAUCCAAGUCAAAUCGCUCCAGAUCCAAGUCAAAUCGCUCCAGAUCCAAGUCAAAUCGCUCCAGAUCCAAGUCAAAUCGCUCCAGAUCCAAGUCAAAUCACUCCAGAUCCAAGUCAAAUCACUCCAGAUCCAAGUCAAAUCCAGGGAGAUCACUCCAGAUUCAAAUCAAAUCCAGGGAGAUCACUCCAGAUUCAAGUAGAAAUGUGACAUUUUUGAAUGUCCUCAGGAGGUCGGGAGACUCCGUCAAAACUGUCCACUAGGGUCCAAACAACACAAGUACCUGGAGCUAGAUCCCCGGUCUAUAUAACAGACUGCUGUUGUCAAGUCUUAAUAAAUCGCAAAACUUAACAGUGUAGUCCUUUUUCGGUUUUAACCUUAAUUUAACCAAUCAGAAUGAAUGCCUGAAGUUAACCCUAUCUCAAACCUUAGUCCUUAAUUUAACCAAUCGGAAUGAAUGCCUUAAAUUAAUCCUAGAAUUGUUUCUGUAUCCCUGUUCAACUUAAUCUAGUCGGAAUGAAUGCCUUAACUAAACCGUAGAGUUGUUUCUGUGUGCCUAAACCCUGAUAUGCCUAAAUCCUUAACUUAACCCAUGUCGUCACUAGGGGCAACGGUGAGCGUUUUUACCAUCAAGUAGGCUUCCGUUUAAAGCAACUUCAAAACUUGACGUUUGGAGAAAUGUGAACAAACAGCUAAUUUUGCAGAGAGACUGUGAGAGCUUGGAAAAGGACAACCACUCAGACGAGAACCAGAUAGCCGUUUUUAUAGGGUAUGUUGGAGUUGUGUGGUGGUUUUGUUAUGCUUCUACUGGUGUUGCUCUGUGGUUGUUUCAGGUGUGACGGGAAGCAGGUGUGUGAGGUGAACAUGAGAGAGACUCAGAUCUCUGACCCUUGUUACGGAACCUACAAGUACCUGGAUGUCACCUACGCCUGCCUGCCUGCUAGUCAGUAUUCUUCCUCUGACGCUCUCCCUCUUCUGUCCAAUGGGCUUUUCGUUCACUUGAUACCAUGGACAGGUUGUUGUCCACUGCCAUUCCACUUCGGACAUCAAUGUUGUGCUUGAACAGUGGACAACAACCUGUACGUGGUGUCAAGUGAACAACUAGUCAAGUGAAAUGUGCUUGUGCAUGAUACAAAGUAGUCAACACUUUUUCAUGAAUGGAGCCCCAAACGGUCUAGUCACAAUCUGUCCUUCCCUCUCACCUCUCUUUGAUUGCUCCUCCCACCUCUCUUUGAUUGCUCCUCCCACCUCUCUUUGAUUGCUCCUCCCACCUCUCUUUGAUUGCUCCUCCCACCUCUCUUUGAUUGCUCCUCCCACCUCUCUUUGAUUACUCCUCCCACCUCUCUUUGAUUACUCCCUCCCACCUCUCUUUGAUUACUCCUCCCACCUCUCUUUGAUUACUCCUCCCACCUCUCUUUGAUUUCUCCUCUUUGAUUUCUCCUCCCACCUCUCUUUGAUUACUCCUCCCACUUCUCUUUGAUUUCUCCUCUUUGAUUUCUCCUCCCACCUCUCUUUGAUUUUUCCUCCACCUCUCUUUCUUGCUCCUCCUCCUUGUCCUCAUCCAUUAUCUCAGCAGCAGUGUUGUGUGUGUUGUGUUUUCAGAGACCAGUAUCACCUGUGAGCACUCUACCAGCUCCCUGGACUGUGGUGAGCACAUGAUUACACCUGCAAACACCAUAAUACCCCUCCCCCUGUGUAGGUAAGGCUGCAAUUAAAUGUUUGUGUGUGUGUAGGUAAGGGUGUGAUACAGGUGUUUCACGCUAACUACGGCCGUAGAGAUGGCUCUACCUGUUCUGCUGGACGCCACGAGCUCAGCAACCAGAACUGUCUGCAACCCAAAACCCUGGAUGUGGUCAAACAAUGGUACACUCUCCCUCUCUAUCCGUCUCCCCAUCUCUCCUCUCUAGUUUGGGGAUGUCUCUGGUGUUGAAAGAUUUUAUACAAAUAUCCCCCCCUGUGUGUGCAUGUGUGUUAUAACUGUAUUAUAAAUGUGUAACUCUGCAGGUGUGAGGGAAAGAGUCAGUGCACUGUGGGGAAUGACGCGGUCUUCGGGGACCCCUGCUACGGAACCUAAUUUAAGGAGGUUUUCCUAAACCGGCGGAGGCUGUGAUUGUACAAACAGCUAUCAACGACGUGAACAGAAAGGGGGAAACAGGAAGAUAAGGAAGGAGAAUGAGGGAGAAACUCGGGGUGGGGUGAAAAAUUGGGAUUUGGGGUUGGGAGGGGGCGGGGGAAAGGGUUGGGCCCCGCCUAUGAGGUUUAAUGAAAUUGGGAGAAGAGGGAAGGAGGAGAGGCCCGAGGAGAGGAGAGAGGAGAUGGGAAGUGGAAGGAAAGAAAAGAGAGAAUGGGGAGAGGGAUAGGAGGAUUUAAGAGAGGAGGAAAGUUGGAGGAGGAAAAAGGAGGGGUGAGAUAAAGGGAAAAAAAAAUGUGGGGGUCUAUGGGGGAGUAGUGGGAGAGAAGCUAUUAGUUUUACGUAGGAGAAAAGGUAAGGGAAUGAAAAGAAGGGGGGAGGUAUAGGGGGGGAAGGGAUGUCAGGUGGGAUGGGAUAGAGGGGGAAGAGGAGGUGGGCCAAGAGAGGGAGGACGAGGAGGCGAGAGGAGAGGCAGAGGAGAGGGGAGAGGGAGAGGAGAAGGGGAGAGGGAGAGGGAAGAGGAGAGGAGAGGAGAGGAGGAAGACACUGUAGACUGUAGAGACACACCCUCUGACUGUAUCCUACCUCAGCCCCUACAGGGUAAUGAUGCUCUGGGUCGGCUGCUGACACUUCCUGCCUGCCUCCAUCGGUGAGUCCUGUCUACUCUGCUGCUGAUCUACAUAUGAACCCAUAUUAAGUGGAUAUGAUGUACGCAUGGCUGACUCUUUUCAUUUGUGUUUUUCUUUCCUUUAACAGAAGAACUCCGACUGGAUGCCCUUUUUACUCUGGAUUUACUCCAUAAUCAAACACGCUGAAUCACCGAUCAAUCAAUCAAACAACCAAUCAAUAAAUCAAUGUGCAAACUAGUGACUGAAUGUCAUUGUGUAGCCAGCUCAUUUUCAGACCAGUGUUUUUAGAGAACACAACCCUACCUAUGUUAUUGAUUUGGAUGUCAACAAAUGUGUUAAAUGUAAAAUAAAAAUUAAUGCGAUACAGCU